UAUGCGUCGCUUAAUCCUCAAACAUGUUCAGUCCCUCCUCCGCCCCUGCUCCCAAGUUACGUGACAGCUGCGACGCCUGUGCGUCGUCAAAACUAAAAUGCCACAAGCAAAAGCCUGUAUGCUCCCGCUGUGCAAAGCGCGGCAUCGCCUGUAAUUACCUCGCGACAAGACGAGCUGGACGCCGCUAUGACAGUCGUCGAUCGGAUCGCAGAAGACCCGAUAGUUUCUCGCCAAUACCCGAAUCCCAGCUGGAUCAACUCGAUAUUGAUGCUUGGUUUGGGGCAAACACAGUGGCGGGUUCGUGCGAUGACUACUUCCUGGGACCAUCGACAGCAUUAUCCACUGGUACGGGUGUAAAUCCUGAUCCCGAUCUCACCUCACACCUGCCAUCGCCUGUGAAUAAUUCGGUCACAAUACCGAAUCUUGACCACUACCUUCCGUCGCCGACAAGUUUCUGGGUUCCGGACACUUCUAGCACCGAUGUGCUGGGUCAGAUAGGCGGAGAUUUCUUUUCCGUUGCAGCGAGUGUCAGCCAUGACGAAAGCGACCGGCAUAAUGAAGAUGUUAUCAACGUCCGACCGAUCGAUGAGCAAAAUGAGCAACACGAAAAUUUUACAAGCAUCGAAACGCAAAAGUCAGGAUCGAGGAUAGAUACUACAUUCGCUUGCUGCUUGACACAAGCCAUGACUCUCCUACAACGGAUAUUUUCUCAACCGAGCACGGUCACGGAAAACGCCUGUAAAAACACUCAAGCAGAGAACGAUCUUGCAACCAAUAUCCGGGUCGACGGUAACCAUCUACCACCUACAGACGUCGUCAUAGCCACUAACAAGCAAACCAUGGACGCCGUUGCAGUCAUGUUGCAGUGCUCGUGCUCACAGAACGGUUACUUACUAGCCAUUAUAUCGUUAAUCGUAUUCAAAGUACUGGACUUCUAUGGUGCUGCCGCAAACACGUCUCAUGGACCAACAAAUCAUAAGCCAGAUGAAGACUCGACGUACAUGACUGUGCAGCUGGUCCUUGGCGAGUUGCAUCGAGUCCAGCGCCUUGUCAACCAAUUUUCUGCCAAGAUGAAAGAGCAGACGGCACUAGGCGCCAGUGACAUUCAAGAUAAGGGUACGAUGACCACAGCAUUGUGUGGUGAAAGGCAAGGAAAUGAUGUCUCGACACCGUUCUCGAAGAUCAUGUCAGAUCAAUUAGAGAUUGACCUGAGGAAGAGGUUGAAGAGUCUGUCCAUGGGCCUUGUCGCACAUCUGAGAAGAGAUUAAAGCACUGCCGUUAGAGUACACGGGUGGCUAUAGUUAUCCUUUCAAGCUAAAAUGACUUUAAACUCCUAGAUAAACUCAAUCGUUCAUAGGUUUCCACUUUAACAUGACCUUUCCGUCCC